AUGGCAGAAUUUAAAGAAGUAUAAAAUUAAGUAAAAAAAUAGGACAAAUUCUUUCGUAAGUCAGGAGAUUCAGAUGAUUCUGUGGAGAAAUUAAAAAAAAAAAUAUCCAAGCCAAAGUAAUAAAAUUCAAUAUCCACGUCCUAAAAAAUCAAAGAAAUGUUUAAAAAGUAACAAUUCAAGGAACUUGUUAAUUGGGCAGAAAAAGAUACUUCUAUCACUCUUCAUGAAUAUGAUGAAAUGAAAGUGAAUUCCCAAGUGUUGAAACUUGGAUAAUAUGCUUUAAUAAAAAAUGCUAAAAAUCCUUCUGAAGAUUACGUUGGUAAAAUCUAAAGAAUAGUUACAAUAAAGGAGAACAAAUCAACAAAAUUAAUUUGUUUAUGCGAAGUUAACUGGUUUUAUCGAAAAAGUGAAAUAAUAAAAUUUAAACCCCAAGCCAAAUAAUGGAUAUCCAAUAACGAAGUCUUCAGCACAAAUUGCACAGAUUAUAUUUUGGCCUCCACAAUAUAGUUACCCUGUCGAAUUGUAACUUUGGAAGAAUAUGAAACAUCCUCUCAAGUUGACAAAGGAGUAUUUUUCACUAGAUUAGAAUGGCUGCCUACUAAAAAGAAGUUUGAUGGCUUAUCUAAACUUUAACAUCAUUGUACUUGUAAAUAACCCCAAAAUCCAGAUUAAAUCUAUAUUUAAUGUGACAAGUGUUAGAAGUGGUAUCAUAUUACAUGUGUAGGACUGAAGAAAGGAGAGUAUGAAUAGAAAGAAUACAUUUGUGGUUGCUGUAGAUGA